AUGAGUUCUUUUCGUCACCGGGCCGCACGGCUCAGCGAAAAGCUCGAAGUGCCGGUAGACGAGAACUUGGACGGCAAGAGGGCCACCGCAUGGAACAAUCGUGAUCUUGCCCCUCUUCCUCCAAAUAGGCGAACGUGGACAGUAUGGGGAUUCUUGGGAUUCUGGGCCGUCAUCCAACUGAACACAGUAGGGUGGCAGACAGCAAGCUCAUUGAUCUCGCUCGGGUUGAGUGUGUGGGAGGCCAUGGUUGUGACGAUUAUCGCCAAGUUUCUCAUUGCUGCAGUGGCGAUUACGAAUGGCUGGUGGGGGGCAGUCUGGCAUGUCGGGUUCUCUGUGGGAAACCGUGCUGUUUGGGGGCUGAGGGGCUCAUAUCUUGCUCUCGCACAAAGAAUCAUGCUCUGUCUGGUCUGGUAUGGCGUCCAAGCCUGGAUUGGUGGCCAGAUGGUAGGCGUUAUGCUCUACAGCAUCUUCUCCGGCUACAGACACAUCCCCAACACCUUCCCGGCCAGCGCGAACAUGACAACUCAGCAGUUUGUUGGCUUCAUCGUCUUCCUCUGCUUCCAGUUCCCCUGCCUUCUGAUCCCCCCUGAGAAGACCGCGAUCUUGUUCCGGUACGCCAACAUUAUCACCGCUGUUACCAUGUUCUCGGUCACGGUAUGGGCUUUGUCGGAAGCCCAUGGCGGCGGGCCAUUGCUCACCGCUAACAGCACGCUCACCACGACCAGCGAGAGAGCGUGGGCUAUUAUCCGCGGCAUCACAACCGUUAUUGGGUCCAUCGCAGUGUCGCUGACGAACCAAAGCGAUUUCAACCGGUUCGCAAAGACCCCUGGCGCACAAAUUCCUGGCCAGAUUUACUCCACAGUCAUCAUCGGUGCGCUUGUGACCCUCAUGGGUACCCUGACGACCUCUGCGGCACAAAAAAUCUAUGGGGAGGUGCUCUGGUCGCCCGCAGAACUCGCCAUUCGCUGGAUGGAGGACGGAUAUACCGCAAAGUCCCGAGCAGGAGCCUUCUUUGCCGGCUUUGGCUUCUUCAUCUCUCAACUUAGUAUCAACACAGUCGACAAUGCCUGGCCAGGUGGCUUCGACCUUGCGGCACUCUUCCCUCGUUGGAUCAAUAUCCGCCGGGGUGCUGUCAUCACGUUCGUGCUCGGUAUCGUGAUCAAUCCGUGGCAAUUGGCUGACACCGCUAACACCUUCAUCAACGUGCUGGACGGAUAUUCAGUCUUCCUCGGUCCCAUGGUGGGCAUGAUGGUCUGCGACUUCUGGGUCAUUCGCGAUCGCAAGUUCAAGCUUUCUGACCUGUACACUCCAAACGAACAGUCCAUCUACUGGUACUAUCACGGAUUCAACUGGCGCGCUUACGCUUCUUGGCUCGUCGGGAUGGCGCCAGCGCUGCCUGGAUUCAUCAAUGCUGUCAACCCGUCCAUUCAUGUGCCCAAAGGCGCACAGGAGAUCUUCUACCUCGCAUACAUCGAGGGGUUUGCUUUGGCAUUCGUUGUGCAUUAUGUCCUGAACCGGCUAUUCCCAGUGCCGGGUCUUGGAGAGAUUGACACAGAAGAUCUGUUCGCGACAUUUACGGUGGAGGAGGCAAGGAAGUUGGGUGUGAUGCCUCAUCCCCGCUUGCUCGAGGGUGAAGCAUUAGAGAUCCAGGAUGGCGAGUGUGCGUCAUCAGAAGACGCUGUAGAGUCAAAGGCGGUUGUGAUUGGAGAGAAGUUGGUCGGUUGA